GGAAACUGUCUGUAUGAUGUGACAAACUCUAUCUACUGGGGGAGCUAUAUCUGGCCUGCAACACAAGCAGAAUCUACAGCCACCCAAAGCUGUGCUAAAAACACAACUGCGAAUGCCUUCCGACAUUGCAGAAUAAGUAGCAAGACAUUUAGAGCUCAUUGGCUGGAUCCAGAACUUGGAGCGUGCCCUAUGAUUAAAGAACUACCAAAAACCAUCCCUGGUCUGGAGGACAUUGAUGUCAGUGGCAACAAUGCAUGGGUACUGGCAGAGCUGAUCAAGAACCUGACCACUAACAUUACUUCCAUUACUGAAGAAGAUCUUAAAAUUGUGUUGACGAAAGUAACAGAGGUGGUAGAAGUUGGAGCGCUGACCCCUCCACUUGGGCAGGUCAUUAUUGAUAUCAUCAGCAAUGUCCUGAAAGCAAGUGAUAACUUAUGGGACAAUGCAAACAGAAUCUUGAAUAUCACUGAUGCUGUAGGCAACAAAAUGUUCUUUACUGGACAAUCAGUCAACCUCACCUCUGACUUACUGGCUCUGUCAGCUUUGAACGUUAACUUCUCCUCCUUCAUGGGGAUCACCUUUGGUGUUUCAUCACUCAACCAUAGUUUCGGCCCCCAGAUUUUCAUCAGCCAGAUUCCCAUUGAUGAUGCAGUGGCAUUUAUUUCCCUACCAAGUACACUAAACAAUCACCUGGAUUGGCAGAUCUUGGAAGCUGCUUCUCGACUGCAGUUUCAGUUCUUUGCUAAUAUGUCACUUUUUCAGGACCCAGAAAUGGCCAACUCACAACUAAGCACAUAUGUGGUAUCUGCAAGUGUGACAAAUGCCACAAUUGACAAUCUGAGGGACCCUGUUAUCAUCAGCCUGAAGCAUCUCAACCCAAACUUGCAAGGUAACCCAGUGAAGUGCGUGUUUUGGGACAUAAAGAAGAAUCGAGGACUAGGUGGAUGGAGUUCAGAAGGGUGCGUCUUUUAUAACACAAGUCUUAUGUACACCACCUGUCACUGUAACCACCUCACACACUUUGGUGUGCUAAUGGACUUAUCCAGGAGUCCAAUCGAUGAGCGAGAUGAUCGCAUCCUCACCAUGAUCACCUAUAUUGGUUGUGGCCUGUCCUCCAUCUUCUUGGGAGUCACGCUGGUCACAUACAUAGCCUUCGGAAAACUUAGGCGGGAUUAUCCUUCUAAGAUUCUCAUGAAUCUUUCCACUGCACUCCUCUUGCUCAAUCUUGUCUUUCUGGUGAAUUCUUGGUUUUCAUCUUUUGGAAGCUAUGGCCUGUGUAUCACCAUAGCAGUUUUCAUGCACUACUUCUUGCUAGCAUCCUUUACCUGGAUGGGUUUAGAGGCUGUGCACAUGUACUUUGCACUUGUCAAGGUCUUCAAUGUCUACAUUCCCUCAUAUAUCCUGAAGUUCUGCAUAUUUGGCUGGGGUGCUCCACUGGCUGUUGUUAGCAUUGUUUUAGCAAUUGACAAAGAUGCAUACGGCAAAAUUAUAUAUGCCAAUUCAGUCAAGAGUUCAAAUGAUCAUUUCUGCUGGGUACAAAAUAAUGCAACUUUCUACGUCUCUGUGGUGGCUUACUUUAUGCUGGUCCUUGUGUGCAAUCUGGGUGUGUUCAUCGUGGUGUUGGUGCAGAUCCGCAAUAUGAAGUCCAAGAAACCAGCAGGCACCCGCAGUGGUUUCCUCUAUGAUCUGAAGGGUAUUGUCAGCCUGACCUUCCUACUGGGCCUGACUUGGAGCUUUGCUUGUUUUGCCUGGGGCCCUGCAAAGGUGCCUUUUCUCUACCUGUUCUCCAUUUUCAACUCCCUCCAAGGGUUCUUCAUCUUUUUGUUUCACUGCCUAAUGAAAGAGAAUGUCAGAAAGCAAUGGAGGAUCCAUUUGUGCUGUGGCCGGUUCCGACUGGAAGAUUACUCAGACUGGAGCAGAUCAGCAACUAAUGGCAAAUCGAAGGUGAAUAACAUUGCACGAACCCCAUCUGUGAAAUCAGUGAAGUCUGACAAGUCAAACUCCACCAGCAGUACAUCCAAUGGAUCAGAGUCAAGUAGAAAGUUCACUUUGCCCAAUGGACUACAUAAUGAUCUCUUAUAUGAAUACAGCGUGGCACUUUCUUCUGCCCACCAUCGAUUUGUGAGUGCCAGUGGAUUUCGAGUAUCCCCUAUUUGUGUGCACAGUCAGGAAUCUUGGGGCAACACUCUGAGCCAUUGACACUGAACGUGGAUCUUCAAAUGAAGCCAAUCAUCCAACAGUUUCUUUGUGAGCCAUGAAUGUAAUAAAUCUCCUUGCUUUACAUUUCACACUUUUUAAUCCAAAAUGUAUGGGAAUGAAGUCAGUAACUAUAUCAAUCAAUGAUAUGAAUAUCACAAUGCAUACUUUAUCACAAUAAUGUACAGAGGUAAUGAUUUUUAAUAAUUAUGAUUUUCACUGUAACCUGCAACCCAUAUUCUGCACAGAUUCAAUUCAGUCAUUGUAAUUAUGUAUUAAAAUAAAGAC